AUGGAUACAGUCGUAGAGCGCGUCCAUGAGGCAGCGCGUCUAACGCUCGUGCGCGAGCCCGAUGGUCGCACUCGAUGGACCGUGCCCCACUAUCCACUCGAAACCAGUGAUUCGCCAACUACGUCCGUGCAUCUGCAUCCCAAGACGACGACGAUGCCAUGUCGUGGUGGCCGCCUCGACUUGGACGCGUCGUGCUUCCAGGACAAGCGGUCGUGCUUCCGGCUUGUGCAGCCCAAAGACGGUGCUCCAGCGACUCAGAACCUGCUGCUGUUUCUGCACGGCUGCGGGGACUCCCACGACCCGUUCGCUCGACUGGGUGAGCAGAUGGCAUUGCCUCAAACAGCGGUCGUGUCUCUCCGUGCUCCUCUCGAACUGCCGUUUGACCUCGGGUUUGCCUGGGUAGACGACUUCGACGAGACGGGGUCCGUCAUCCCUCCGGAUAUUCCGCACGAGCGGCGCAGUCAGAGUCUUCAGGCAGCAAGAAACUAG